GAUGUUGGCUACUUAGGAACUGUCUUGCACCCUCAAUGUAAGAUUCUUGCGGAAUCAGGCCCGAUUAUUAUCGGUUUAAACAACAUUAUAGAAGAAAAUGUGACGAUUAUAAACAAACAACCGACACCUUUAAUUAUUGGUGAUGAAAAUGUCUUUGAAGUUGGAUGCUAUGUAGAAGGAUCCAAAAUUGGGAAUAAAAAUGUAAUAGAAGCAAAAGCGAGAAUUUUGGGGAAUACGUCAUUAGGAGACAAUUGCGUUAUUGGUGCCGUUUGCUCAACCAAGAGGGAUGAAGCAAUUCCCAAUAAUACUGUUAUAUACGGUGAUCAUCAUAAUCGGAGAACUCAAACAGCAUGCGCAAGCAUUGGUGGUGCUAACACAGCCACCGAAUCGGCUGCUAGUAAUCAUCCAAGAAAAGUUAAAGAAAAAGAAAAAGACUCGUCUCACUAG